CGGAAUAUUAUUCGCUCGUUCAAUGUAAUCAAUUCGAGUCGAAGAUUUACACCUCAAUUCAGAGAAAGUGUUUUUUUUUCAUCUCGUCAGUCAUGAUUAAGAGCGAUAAGAUUGUUCGCGUAUCUAUCUCGGAAAUAGUAAAAUUACACGUGCUCUCGUUCGCCUAUGGUUUCUAUUUAAUAGUAAAAAGAUUUUCUAAGUGGCUUUGGAAUCCCAAGAAAUUUUUCAUGAUGCAACAACGAGAUAAACCACCACCUUGUCUUGUGGACAAUAACUUAGGUGCUCACUCUUAUGUGAAGAUAAAGAGCGUAAAAUUUCACUACGUCGAAGCUGGAGACAAAAGUAAACCGCUUGUGUUGCUUCUACACGGAUUUCCUGACUGCUGGUUAUCCUGGCGAGAGCAGAUCCCGUGCCUCGCCGAACAUUACAGAGUGGUAGCCAUAGAUUUAAAAGGAUUCGGGGACAGCGACAAACCGGCAGCCAAGAGUUCUUAUAAGAUCGAAGUUUUAAUCGAAGAGCUGAAGCAGUUCGUUUUAACUUUCGGAGUAAAACGAUUCAACGUGAUCGGUCACGAUCUCGGGGGUCUCUUAGGAUGGUACAUGGUGGCCUUGUACGAGGAUAUGAUAGAGAAAUUCGUCGCGAUUUCAAGCCCGCAUCCUAAUUUCUAUUGGAACGGAAGGUCAGGAGAUUCCGUGUUCGAUUUAAAGUGGGUACACUUCAGUAGACUGCCAUUCCUUCCAGAGAUCGAUGCCCUUAAGGAGGACUUAUCGGUCAUAAAUGACGCGUUCCAACAUCUUCAGUUGAACGGUCCGACCACUAAAAAGACUUACGUAGAAGCAUAUAAAUACGCGUUCAGUAGAAAAGAAGACUGGACGGGCGCUAUUAAUUAUUACCGAAAUCUUCCGUUUAUAAGACUCAACACCGAAACUUGUGAUCAGAUAUCUACGAGGACUUUGCUCGUAGUCGGGAACAUGGACCCGAUUUUAACAAUAGAGAACAUAGUACAGAGUACCGAAUACGUUGACAAAUUUCAUAUGAAAGUGAUCUCGGGAGCUCAACACUUCCCGCAUCAACAGAAGCCGGAUAUCGUCAACGAAGCGAUUUUAAAGUUUCUCAUGGGUGCAACGAAGCUGAACGCGGAAAAAAGUCCACCGAAAACUAUAAUGUCUUCUUUGCUCGGAUCUCUGAGCAAUAGCGGUGCCAAGUUCCGCAUUUAUAUGCUGGAUGCUGUUCAUAGAAGAACCAGCGACGUGAUCGGCAUCAUACCUAACAAAGUGCUUUAUCUGGGCCAGACUGUCAGUUUAAAUCCCACCAAAAUCGAAUGCAAAGUCUGAUGACUAACAAUAAGUACCGUCUGACAAUUGAUUUUGUUUGAGGACGCGAACACGAAAAGAGGCUGAUUUCUACGUAUGUAGUUACAGAUUUUUACAUACCAUUUUUUUAACAGAUACGUAAGUAAUCUAUUGCUCGCUCAUUAAUAUACGUACCAUAAAUUAUAGUAUUAAAGUGUACAUAGAUCUGAUACAUUAAAACGAAUUUAAGGAUCGCCUUGAAUAACAUUUUAUAAAUAUAUGAUUAUAAUAAAAAUGUAAUUUUAAA